UUGAUGUUUGUGUGUGUCUUGAUUAAUAAAUUAAACAUCAUUAGAAUUAGCAAGAAUCAAUAUUAAUAAUAUCAAUUCAAUCGAAAAUUCAGCAUCGUUUAUAAACAAGCCGUUUAAAGGCAAGAAAAAAGAAAAAAUUAUUUUAUUACAACAAGGAACUAGAACAAAUUUCACCACGCUGAACCUAACGGAUAAUUUUUCCACGUACCCAAUGUCGGGUACAGUGGACAUCUUGGAUCAUCAAGAUUUAAAGCCAUCACAAUCGGCUUUCAUGGAUAUACAACAACAGGCGGCAGCGGCUGGUUUAUCAGCCAUGUCGCAACACCAUCAUCAUCAUCAUCAUCAACAUCAUCCACAUCAUCAAUCGCCAUAUUCAACAUUUCGUUCAACAUAUGGUGGAUCAUCGGUUAAUAAUCAUCAAACACAUGAUGGUUUUGGCAUUGGUGGUGGUGGAGUUGGUUUACAACAGAACCGGACAUCCUCAUCAUUGGCUGGUGCAUAUCCAUUUGCAGCUGCAGCUGCAGCAGUAUCGAUGAAUUCACAUUCACCAUUACAUAAUAGUUUUUCACAUUCAGCCGCAUCUCAUCCAUAUCUUGGUUCACCAUAUGCAUCCGCAUCAAUACCACCACCACCAUCAUUACAGCCAUCAUCAGCAACAUCAUCAACAACGACAACAUCAUUAACCUCCUGUAUACCAUCAUCAUGUCAACCACAUUCGCCACAAUCACGAGAUUCAAAACAUGAUUCAUCUAAUAAUAAUAAUUCAAAAAAUAAUAAUAAUAACAACGGUAGUGGUGGCGGUGGAGGUGGUCUUGAUCCUGAACCAACAACCGGUACGACGAUACGUGUAAAUGGAAAAGGAAAAAAGAUGCGAAAACCACGUACAAUAUAUUCAAGUUUACAGUUACAACAGCUGAAUAGACGAUUUCAAAGGACACAAUAUCUGGCCUUACCUGAACGUGCUGAAUUGGCAGCUUCGUUAGGUUUAACACAAACGCAGGUGAAAAUAUGGUUCCAAAAUCGUCGUAGUAAAUAUAAGAAAAUGCUCAAAUCAUCACAGCCAGGUGUCGGUGGUGUUCCUCCACCCACAACAACAAAUGGUUCAGCAGGUUCCGGUUCAAGUCUAGGUCAUCCACCUCAAGCAACCACACCACAAACACCACCAGAAACUCCUGAUUCAAAUUCACCAUCAAGUGUUGGUCCACCACAAUCAAUGUUAUCGACGCCCGGUGGUGGUCCAUCUCAACAAUCACAACAACCCGGUAACGGACCCGGAUCAUUAGGAUCGACAAAUUUAUCAUCAUCAUUAUCGAGUACAAUUAGUCCACCAUCGGCAAUGAGUCCACCGAUUACCUCAUGGGAUAUGAAUCCAGCCAAAACAUCAAUGGCAAAUAGUUAUAUACCACAAUAUUCUUGGUAUCAUCAUGGACAUGAUCAAUCAAUUAAUCAACAAUUAUUAACGUAAUAUUAGAAAUUGUUGAUGAUCAAUGCAAAAAAAACAAGAAGAAAAUAUCAACAAUUUAAAAACAAAACUAACAAAUA